GCGCGCGGCCCGCGCGGGCGGCGGGCGCGGCGCGGCCCCGAGCGUCCUGUCAGGCGGCGGCGGCGGCGGCGGCGGCGGGCGCCGCGGACCGCGCACGAUGAUGCCGAUGAUUUUAACCGUGUUCUUGAGCAACAAUGAGCAGAUUUUAACGGAAGUUCCUAUAACACCAGAAACAACAUGUCGAGAUGUUGUGGAAUUCUGCAAGGAACCUGGAGAAGGCGGUUGCCAUUUAGCGGAAGUGUGGAGGGGAAAUGAGCGUCCUAUACCCUUUGACUAUAUGAUGUAUGAGCAUCUUCAGAAAUGGGGGCCACGAAGAGAAGAAGUGAAAUUUUUUCUUCGACAUGAAGAUUCCCCAACCGAGAGCAGUGAGCAAGGAGGUCGUCAAACUCAAGAGCAGAGAACUCAGAGAAAUGUAAUAAAUGCACCUGGAGAAAAACGCACUGAAAAUGGGGGGGGAAACCCGCGUGUUGAACUUACCCUCUCGGAGCUCCAGGACAUGGCGGCCCGGCAGCAGCAGCAGAUCGAAAACCAGCAGCAGAUGUUGGUUGCCAAGGAGCAGCGUUUGCAUUUUUUAAAGCAGCAGGAGCGCCGUCAGCAACAGUCGACUUCCGAAAACGAAAAGCUUCAGAAGUUGAAAGAACGAGUUGAAGCCCAGGAAAACAAGCUAAAGAAGAUCCGGGCCAUGAGAGGACAAGUAGACUACAGCAAAAUUAUGAACGGCAAUCUGUCUGCUGAAAUUGAAAGGUUCAGUGCCAUGUUCCAGGAGAAGAAGCAGGAGGUGCAGACGGCCAUCCUGAGGGUGGACCAGCUCAGCCAGCAGCUAGAGGACUUGAAGAAGGGGAAACUGAAUGGCUUCCAGGCGUACAGCGGCAAACUGACGGGCCCAGCAGCCAUGGAGCUGAAAAGACUGUACCAGGAGCUGCAGAUUCGUAAUCAGCUUAACCAGGAACAGAAUUCAAAGCUCCAGCAGCAGAAGGAACUCUUAAAUAAGCGCAACAUUGAGGUGGCCAUGAUGGACAAGCGAAUCAAUGAACUUCGGGAACGUCUUUACGGAAAAAAAAUUCAGCUGAGCCGUGUGAAUGGCACGUCGUCGCCACAGUGCCCCCUGAGCACGCCUGGCCGGGUGGCCGCGGUCGGGCCCUACAUCCAGGUGCCCAGCGCUGGCAGCUACGCCGUCCCGGGAGACCCCGUCAAGCCCCAGUCUCUCACCAUUGCCUCCAGUGCCGCCCACGGAAGGUCCAAAUCUGCGAAUGAUGGAAACUGGCCAACAUUAAAACAGAAUUCGAGUUCUGCAGCGAAACCCACGCAGCCGGCCGGCGUGGACUGGAAGGACUCCAGCACCGAGGGGCCGCUCAAGCAGGGGCCGGUCUCCAGCCAGCCGGUGCCCUUGGCGGCGUUAGGCGGCACAGAGAAACUGGGCAUGGAGAUGGGGAAAGCGCCGCCCCCCGUGCCCGGCGCCAGCAAGCAGCUGCCUCCAAGCUAUGGGACCUACCCAAGUCCUGCGCCCCUGGGCCCCGGCUCGACAGACUCCCUGGAGAGGAGGAAGGAGGGCAGCUUACCCAGGCCCAGCGUGGGCCCGCCCAGUCGGCAGAAGCCCGCCCCGCUUCCCCCUGCGGGGGGCACGCACCAGCCCCCUGGUUCCUCACAGCAGAUUCAGCAGAGGAUUUCCGUGCCGCCCAGCCCGACAUACCCACCAGCGGGGCCGCCUGCGUUCCCGGCGGGAGACGGGAAGCCUGAGCUCCCCCUGACUGUGGCCAUUAGGCCCUUUCUGGCUGAUAAGGGCUCCAGACCGCAGUCCCCCAGGAAGGGACCCCAGACAGUGAACUCAAGCUCCAUCUAUUCUGUGUACCUCCAGCAAGCCACGCCACCCAAGAAUUACCAGCCAGCGGCCCACGGCGCCUUAAAUAAGUCUGUCAAAGCAGUGUACGGCAAGCCCGUGCUCCCCUCGGGCUCCACGUCCCCGUCGCCGCUCCCGUUCCUUCACGGCUCUGCGCCCCCCGGCACGGCACAGCCUCCGCCACCCUCAGACUGUGCCGAGAAGGAGCCCGAGCCCGACGGCCCGGCGCUGGCAGGGGAGGGCGGCUCCGGCACUGGCACCGGCACCGUGGAGAGCCUGGCGCGGCCCCUCAGCCCCACCAAGCUCACGCCCAUCGUGCACUCCCCGCUGCGCUACCAGAGCGACGCCGACCUGGAGGCCCUGCGCAGGAAGCUGGCCAACGCGCCGCGGCCCCUGAAGAAGCGCAGCUCCAUCACGGAGCCCGAGGGCCCGGGCGGCCCCAACAUCCAGAAGCUCCUGUACCAGCGCUUCAACACGCUGGCCGGCGGCAUGGAGGGCGCCCCGUUCUACCAGCCCAGCCCCUCUCAGGACUUCAUGGGCACCAUCGCGGACAUGGACAAUGGCAACACCAACGCCAACGGGAACCUGGGGGAGGCCAGCCCUGCCCAGCCCACCGCCCCGCUGCCCGGGGAGCCCGCCCCGUCCUCAGAUGCCAACGACAACGAGCUGCCUUCCCCCAAACCGGAAGGGCUUGUUGGCCCUCAGGCCACCCGCCCGACAGCCGAGCCUGCCGAGGACAACAACAACAAUGUGGCCACAAGCCAGACGGCGGAGCAGGUCCCCAGCCCAGGCGCAGAGGCCCCGUCUCCAGGGGACGAGCAGGUGCCCCCGGCUGUCCCCCCCGCCGCACCCCCGCCAGCAGCCUCCACGAGCAAGCGGACAAACCUGAAGAAGCCCAACUCGGAGCGGACAGGCCACGGGCUGCGCGUCCGAUUCAACCCCCUGGCGCUGCUCCUGGAUGCGUCCCUGGAGGGGGAGUUCGACCUGGUGCAGCGGGUCAUCUACGAGGUGGAGGACCCCAGCAAGCCCAACGACGAGGGCAUCACGCCACUGCACAACGCAGUCUGUGCUGGACACCACCACAUCGUGAAGUUCCUGCUGGACUUCGGGGUCAACGUGAACGCUGCCGACAGUGACGGCUGGACCCCGCUGCACUGCGCCGCCUCCUGCAACAGCGUGCACCUCUGCAAGCAGCUGGUGGAGAGCGGUGCCGCCAUCUUCGCCUCCACCAUCAGCGACAUCGAGACAGCGGCCGACAAGUGUGAGGAGAUGGAAGAAGGUUACAUCCAGUGCUCCCAGUUCCUCUACGGGGUCCAGGAGAAGCUGGGCGUGAUGAACAAAGGUCUGGUGUACGCUCUGUGGGGCUACGAGGCCCAGAACAGCGACGAGCUGUCCUUCCGUGAAGGGGACGCCAUCACGAUCCUGAGGCGCAAGGACGAGAACGAGACCGAGUGGUGGUGGGCCCGCCUUGGGGACCGGGAGGGCUACGUGCCCAAAAACCUGCUGGGGUUGUACCCGCGGAUCAAACCCAGACAGCGCACUCUUGCGUGAAGGCCCCUGUGGGCGCACGGCUCGGGCCCAGACGCUUCAGCUCCAGUGCCGAGGGGCCGCCUUCAGCAGAGCCCACAAUGUGAAAUGACUAGUUUGUUGGAACCGUCAGAGGAACUUGCCUCCAAGAAGACUGAAUUUUGCCAAUUACUCUAAAUCCAAAUAAAUAUCCAGCUUUCAAAACACCCAUUCCUGUUGCCACUAAGAAGCCCCAUGAUUUAAACCCUGGUUGAUUGCCAGUGAAGACUCCAACUUGGCCCCAGUCAUCCCUCAUCCUCGUCGCCCCAAGAAAACGUGCCACCACUUCCCGGGAAUCAGACCACAGCCUCGCCACCUCAGCACCCGCGUCUCUUCCUCCUAUGACCAAAGCAGGCCUGUGCGGAGACUUCUGUCCAGUGCCAGUGCCCGUUGCGUCCUGGGCCAGUGGCGCUGGACCUGACUUCCACACUGUGGGCACAGGGGUCCAUAAGACCAAGUGGCUCUGCGCCCUCCGCUCCCGCUUCUCUGCAGCCACUCGCGUUCUUACCCUCAUGGCACCGCCAGGGAGGCGGUGGGAGGAGGCGGGGCCAGGCCAGGUGGGUGGGAGCUAGGCCUGCUGUGAUGUACUGACCUUUGCUCCGUCCCCCUCGGAGGCCUGUAGCCAGCACGCCCGACCCUGGGAUGGACUGGAUGGACAGCUUGGACAGGCUUUUUCUAUACCAAAAGUAUUUUUUGACUAGACCAUUCAAAAUUCCCAGAAGGGUGGUGGGAAUACUAUUUCUCAUUAAAAUCUAAGCCCUUAAGUUUUAUUUUCCAUUAAGUUUCAUGUAUAAUUUAUGUAUAAACGUGUAUAGGCCCACUGCUGUAGAUGUCUUAGUAGUGACUGUGCAGUGUGACGGUGUGGGGGGCGGCCUCCCACCUCGCACACCCGCUGUGCAUAAUAAACCGCGUGUCUCCCGGA